GGCUAGUAGCAGAGCUGUCAGCCAAUCAGCGCGCGGGUUUGGCUGGUUACCGUGAAUGACAAUUCAGGAACUCUUGGUCGCACCGCAUGUAGCGCAAAGAAGGAGGCGUAAACACUGACGGUGCUUCACAGCUAGAGGUAAUGGAGAUGAGCAGCAGCAGCAACGAGUGCUUUGGAUGUGGCCGCUCUGGGCACUGGAUUAAAGAUUGCCCCAGUGCUAACAGCUCACGGGGGGGACGUGGCCGAGGCAGGGGACGAGGCAAGGAGAUGUUCUGCUAUCGGUGCGGAGACCCAGGCCACAUGGCGAGGGAUUGUGACCAAACUGAGGAUGCGUGCUACAACUGCCACAGGAGCGGUCACAUUUCCCGCGACUGCAAGGAGCCCAAGCGGGAGCGGGAGCAGCUGUGCUACAACUGCGGCAAGGCCGGUCACAUGGCCCGCGAGUGCGAGCACGCCAACGAGCAGAAAUGCUACUCCUGUGGCGGCUUUGGCCACAUCCAGAAGCUUUGUGACAAGGUGAAAUGUUACAGGUGUGGCGAGAUCGGUCACGUCGCCGUGCAUUGCACCAAAACCAGCGAGACCAACUGCUACAACUGUGGAAAGGCGGGCCACCUGGCGAAAGAGUGCACCAUCGAAGCCACCGCAUAAUCAGUGCCCUCUGUUGCCCCUCCUUUUUUCAGAUUGAUGGUUGGUUGUAUUAUUUUCUCUGAAUCCUCUUCACUGGCCAACUGUUGGCUAACGGAGGCUAGUCCCAGGCCAGUGAGCCUUUCGACAUGUAAUACAAUGAAAGGGGUGAAAAAAAUCUUUCUGCAUUCAAUACAAAAAUGUUUUAGUUUGGUAGCGGUGUUAUGUAUAAUGCUUUGUUAAAGAACCCCCCUUUCCAAGCCACUGGCGAUCAGAGAUGAAUAAAUGGGACUAAAUGUGUGGGGAUCUAUAGGACCUCUGACCUUGUGGAAGUGAGUCGGAACGAAGGGAGGAAAGGAAACCGAACUUGGGUAUUUUGGUUUUAGUGGGAUGAGUUGGCCAAGGGAGAAUGGCAUGAAAACAUUUCUUAUCAUAAUGCAUUUCAGUCCUACAUGCACACAAAGCGGGCACCAACAAACGACAGUUUCCAGUUAGGAUAAAUUUCUUUGAGGAAUUGAAGAAAAUUGUUUUAUAGAAAUUUGUUUACAAUUUCAAAGUCACUUGGGUUGUCCAAGGUACGUUUUCCUUUAAAAAAAAAAAAAGGCAUAGGAUUUGUUUUACUUUGGCAAAAUAAAAAACGCCGUGACUACUUGUAAGAAACGCAGAAUUUGGAGUUAUUUGGGAGUGAGAUGUUUUCACAGAAAUCAAAAUGUUAUUUUUGUACAAUAUCACUUAGACUACUGUAUAAAUACCAUUUGCUUGUACUCAGUUUUUAAGUCGGAAGGAAAGUGCAACUGAAGUCCUAGGAAAUAGAAAUGUAAUUUUAAACUAUCAAUAAAGCUGGAGGAGCACGGGGAGAA